UUUGGUAUCAGGAACACAGAGCUAGGGAUUGAUUUCCGCUAACUCCUCACAAUGUCUCUCUUCUUCUGUUCUCACUCAUUUCCCUAAGAACAUAAAACUGAAGAAUUUUCUUUUGAGUUGAAGCAAAAAGUGUCUUUUGAAUUCAACAAGAAAAAUGUCAGGUUGCAGUCCAAAUAAGAGGUUUUUUGAUUGAGAGGGGAGAAAAUGCGUCGUUUGAUUUUGAUUUCAUCACGUUCAAAUCUGCUUCCACCUUUUCAAUUUCAAACCCUAUCCACAACCACCGUCACAGAGAGGCCAUUUCCUCCUCCUCCGCCUCCCGAUGAGGCCACCGUCCGCCAAACGCUGCUCUCCUUCAACAAUGAUUGGAAGCGAGCCCUGGAGUUCUUCGACUGGGUGGAGGAAGCUCACUCCCACUGCAACUUUCGCCACUCCACCGACACCUUCAACCUCGUACUCGACAUCCUGGCCAAGUUCUUCGAGUUCGAUCUCUGUUGGCACCUCAUUCGCCGCAUGCACUCCCGCCCCUCCUCUCCCCCCAACCACACCACAUUCCGUGUCAUCUUUAAGCGCUAUGUUUCCGCGCAUCUUGUCCAAGACGCCAUCGACACCUUCCACCGCCUCGAAGAGUUCAACCUCAAGGAUCACACCUCCUUCUCCCACCUCAUAGACGCCCUCUGCGAGUACAAGCACGCCGUCGAGGCACAAGACCUUGUCUUCUCUAAAGACAUGCCCGUCGACGUAAUUGGAAACACCAAGAUCCACAACAUGGUUCUCCGUGGGUGGUUCAAAUUGGGGUGGUGGAGCAAAUGCAACGAGUUCUGGGAGGAGAUGGAUAGAAAAGGGGUUCAAAAGGAUUUGCACUCGUACUCAAUUUACAUGGAUAUCCUGUGCAAAGCGGGAAAACCUUGGAAAGCUGUCAAAUUGUUCAAAGAGGUUAAGAGGAAGGGUUUCCAAUUAGAUGUUGUGGUUUAUAACAUUCUCAUUCGAGCCAUUGGUCUUUCCCAAGGGGUUGAUUUCUCGAUCAGGGUUUUCCGUGAAAUGAAGGAGUUGGGUAUUAACCCCACUGUUGUCACUUACAACACUUUGAUUAGGCUUUUGUGUGACUGCUACAGACACAAGGAGGCACUUGCCUUGCUUCGAACCAUGGCUCGGGAUGCUUGCCACCCCACUGCCAUUUCUUACCAUUGUUUCUUUGCCUCUAUGGAGAAGCCUAAACAGAUACUUGCCAUGUUUGAUGACAUGAUAGAGAGUGGGGUUAGGCCUAGCAUGGACACCUAUGUCAUGCUCCUCAACAAGUUUGGUAGGUGGGGGUUUCUUCGCCCGGUUUUUAUGAUAUGGAAUAGAAUGGAACAACUUGGGUGUAGUCCUGAUGCAGCAGCUUACAAUGCCUUGAUAGAUGCCCUUGUAGACAAGGGGUUGAUAGAUAUGGCUAGGAAGUACGAUGAGGAGAUGUUAACGAAAGGACUUUCUCCUAAGCCAAGAAAAGAGUUGGGGACAAAGCUGUUAGGAGGAGAAUCUGCUGAUUUAUUGGACGGGUAUUCUCAAAGUACCAUACAGACACAAAACGUUCCACUAGUCUAGACAAUGUACUUCAGUGGCUUAAGAUGAACUGGAAAGUUUUGUGGUCUAUAAUAGAAAGUCUGAAAUGUACUUGAUACAAAAACUUUAUACUCGUAUAUUUGACCAGACAUCCGGAGGAGAAGGGCACAUUCCGAAGUUGAAGAUAUUGAGGAAAGGUGUUCCGAUGAAAAGAAUCCCAAGGGCAUAACCCUACACCUUUUCAAACCAGAAGCUGAAAGAUUUGGGAUUGGAAUUCACUCCAGUGAGUCAGUGUCUGUAUGAAACAGUUAAGAGUCUGCAGGAGAAGGGCAUCUUCCUCUUUCAACUACAGUGAAACCAUAAACAAGGUUGCCCCUUUUGUUUAAUUUGUCAACACCACUUUAAUUCAGGACAAGAAGCUGCAGCUUUUAACAAUCUGGGCUAGCUCAUGUUAUGUUAUAAGAGAGUCCUACAACAGUAAACUGUAUUUGGAUUUUGUAAAAAAGACAUCAACC